CGGCCGCCCCGGCCCGCCCCUCCUCCUCACCGCGCAGAGCCGCGCCGCGCGCUCCCGCCGCCCCUCCCCGCGCGAGCUCCACCCAGGUCGCAGGCAGCGCGGUCGGCGGCGGCUGUUUCCCGCCAUUGUGCGAAGUGGAGGCUGGGGGCCGGGACGCGCCGGCCUGCCCGUCGCCAGCAGCUCCUCGGCGGCCCUGCUGCAGCCGUCCUCCCUGAGGCGCGGAAGGCCCGUGCCCGGCCGCUCCUUGUGCGUGGGAGGGCGCGGGCGAGGAGCGACCAAGCAGCUGAAGAGGAGCUGGGCGCCGGCCACCCGGCCGCCCGGCCGCGCUCGGCCCGCGGAUCGCCGCCGCCCGGGCCGCGCCGUCCCCGGCCGCCUCCGAGAUGCCGUGUGGGGAGGACUGGCUCAGCCACCCGCUGGGAAUCGUGCAGGGCUUCUUUGCCCAAAAUGGAGUUAAUCCUGACUGGGAGAAGAAAGUAAUUGAGUAUUUUAAGGAAAAACUAAAGGAAAAUAAUGCUCCUAAGUGGGUACCAUCACUGAAUGAAGUUCCCCUUCAUUAUUUGAAACCUAAUAGUUUUGUGAAAUUUCGUUGCAUGAUUCAGGAUAUGUUUGACCCUGAGUUUUACAUGGGAGUUUAUGAAACGGUUAAUCAGAACACAAAAGCACAUGUUCUUCAUUUUGGAAAAUACAGAGAUGUAGCAGAGUGUGGGCCUCAACAAGAACUUGAUUUAAACUCUCCACGAAAUACCACUUUGGAAAGACAGACUUUCUAUUGUGUUCCGGUGCCUGGGGAAUCUUCAUGGGUAAAAGAAGCCUGUGUUAAUGCAAACCAAGCUCGAGUCAGUCCCUCAACAUCCUACACUCCUAGUCGCCACAAGAGGAGUUAUGAAGAUGAUGACGAUAUGGACCUACAGCCCAAUAAACAGAAAGACCAACAUGCAGGUGCCAGACAAGCAGGGAGUGUUGGUGGUCUUCAGUGGUGUGGAGAGCCAAAACGUUUAGAAACCGAAGCUUCUGCUGGGCAACAGAUGAACUCUCUGAACUUCUCUUCUCCUUUUGAUUUGAAUUUUCCAUUGCCGGGAGAAAAGGGCCCUGCAUGCCUUGUGAAGAUUUAUGAAGAUUGGGAAUGUUUCAAAGUAAAUGACAUUCUUGAGCUAUAUGGCAUACUGUCUGUGGAUCCUGUGCUGAGUAUACUGAAUAAUGAUGAAAGGGAUGCUUCUGCAGUGCUGGAUCCAAUGGAGUGCACAGACACAGCAGAGGAGCAGAGAGUACACAGUCCUCCUGCUUCAUUAGUGCCGAGAAUUCAUGUGAUUUUAGCCCAGAAGUUGCAGCACAUCAACCCAUUAUUGCCUGCCUGCCUUAACAAAGAGGAGAGCAAAACCUUUGUUUCAAGUUUCAUGUCCGAAUUGUCUCCAGUCAGAGCAGAACUUCUUGGGUUCCUCACUCAUGCUCUUCUGGGGGAUAGUUUGGCUGCCGAAUACCUUAUAUUACAUCUCAUCUCCACAGUAUAUACAAGAAGAGACGUUCUUCCACUAGGAAAAUUUACAGUUAACUUGAGUGGUUGCCCACGGAAUAGUACCUUCACAGAACACUUAUAUCGAAUUAUUCAACAUCUUGUUCCAGCAUCUUUUCGUCUGCAGAUGACUAUAGAGAACAUGAACCAUUUGAAAUUCAUUCCCCACAAAGACUACACAGCCAAUCGCCUGGUCAGUGGGCUCCUCCAGCUGCCCAGCAAUACUUCCCUUGUAAUCGAUGAGACUCUCCUAGAACAGGGGCAGCUGGAUACCUCAGGUGUUCAUAAUGUGACUGCCCUGAGCAACCUCAUAACAUGGCAGAAGGUGGAUUAUGACUUCAGCUAUCAUCAGAUGGAAUUCCCCUGCAAUAUUAACGUUUUCAUUACUUCGGAGGGGAGGUCACUCCUCCCGGCAGACUGCCAGAUUCACUUACAGCCCCAGCUUAUUCCACCAAACAUGGAUGAGUACAUGAACAGCCUUCUCUCAGCGGUGCUGCCUUCCGUGUUGAACAAAUUCCGCAUUUAUCUAACCCUUUUGAGAUUCCUGGAUUAUAGCAUAUCUGAUGAAAUAACCAAGGCAGUUGAAGAUGACUUUGUGGAAAUGCGAAAGAACGACCCUCAGAGCAUCACUGCUGACGAUCUUCACCAGCUGCUCGUGGUGGCUCGGUGUCUGUCUCUCAGUGCUGGUCAGACAACGCUGUCAAGAGAACGAUGGCUGAGAGCAAAGCAGCUGGAGUCUUUCAGAAGAACGAGGCUUCAGCAGCAAAAAUGUGUGAAUGGAAAUGAACUUUAAAAAUCUGAUACCUAGGGGCCGGGCGCGGUGGCUCAAGCCU